ACCCCAUACGUGGAUGGUAUAAGAGAAAAUGGGAAUAUGAACAUAAAUAAUUUGCACAGCAUAUCAAACAGAGUGCAAACUAAACGGAAUCCAGUCUAUCCUUGAGCAGUUUAUCUGUUCUCAUCUUUGAGAAAAGUUGCAGACGCAACAUGUCCCUCUCUAAGUGGUCUUCAGCCGACUCCUGUACUAACAAAAAAUAUUAUCAUGAUGUUUUCUUGAGCUUUCGCGGCGAGGACACUAGAGGUUUUGCUGUUCAAUUACAUUCUGCUCUUGUUAAAGUGGGCAUUGCUACCUUCUUAGACAGUAAAAGCUUGGAGAAGGGUGAAUAUAUCUCCCCUUCUUUGAAGCGAGGCAUUUCGUCAAGUAGAAUCGGUAUUCCUAUUUUCUCCAAAAGAUUCGCAGAUUCGAAAUGGUGCCUGAAGGAAGUAGGGUUUAUGGAAGAGUGUGGGAAAAGAAUCAUACCUCUGUUUCACAACGUUUCUCCUUCGGACGUUCGUAACCCGGAUGGAGGCAUAUAUGCAAAAGACUUCGAGGAACAUGAAAGUCUGAAAACCUUCAAGCCUGAAGAAAUCACUAAAUUGAAAAGCGCAUUACAGCGUAUUGGCCGUAUACCUGGCUGGUCACUCGAUCAAAUUUCCGGGGAGGAAAUUUUGAUUAAAGAAGUUCUGGAGAAAAUUGUGAACAUCUUACUUUCAGAGAAGGGCUGUCCGGACAUUCCAACAUGCUUUGGUUUAGACUGGCAAGUGAAGCACCUCUUGAGAUUACUAAACAGAGCAGAUCGUCAGAAGGAGGUUGUGAAAGUGGGUAUACAUGGGAUGGGCGGGAUGGGCAAAACAACCCUCGCCAAGGUUGUUUACAAUCGACUCCUGUACUCUCGGUUUGGAUUGCAUUAUUUUGUACUGCGUGUUGGUGAAAGAUGUGACGAAAAAAAUGGGCUUGUAAAGAUGCAGACCCAGAUGCUCGAAGAUAUCUCACCAUUCAGAGACGAAAUAGAUCAUGUUGAUAGAGGUAAAGCUCUCUUGCAACACUUUCUCAAGGGUAAGAAAAUUCUCCUCCUGCUGGAUGAUAUUCAAAGUUCCGAGCAGCUAGAAGCUCUGGGGGGGAAUUUCACUGACUUAGGGGAAGGUAGUUGUUUGCUUAUUACAACGCAGAAUCAACAAAUUCUAAAAUUGGCCAAAGUUGACGAAACUCACGAGGCGAGGGGGCUUCCUCAAGAACAUGCUGUAAUCACAUAA